GUAGUAGAAGAAGAAGGAGCGUCGUUGUUUUAUAACGUCACUUCCUCUCGGCUAAAGCGUGUCGAGUGCUAAAAGGGACAAUGGCAGCUGAAAUCAACACCGAGGACUACCCACACGAGAUAGACGAGCAGCUCACAGGCUUCGACUCCUCGGCUACUGCAGUGAAAACCAUGCUGGAGAAGUUGAUGUCGAUGCCCAGGAAUGAACUGCUGCAAAAGUUGGAUCCUUUGGAUCAAGCCAAGCUGGAUCUGAUGUCUGCCUACACCCUGAAUUCAUUAUUCUGGAUGUACUUGGUAACACAAGGAAUAAAUCCCAGAGAACACGGAAUCAAACAGGAAUUGGAGCGAAUAAGGACUUACAUGAACAGAGUGAAGGAGAUUACUGACAAGAAGAAAGCUGCCCGUCUGGAUAAGGGAGCUGCUGCUCGCUUCGUCAGAAAUGCUCUUUAUGAUGCAGAGGACAAAGAUUCUAGAAAAAAAGCUGCAUCCAAGAAAGCGGCAGACACGACAUCAGACUCCCCACAUCCAAAGCGUCCAAAGCUGAACUGAAACACAGGAGGAUGUGGACGGUUCCUUUGCAAUGUGAGCCGCGUUGAGGGGUAACGAACAUUGAGGCAAAUAUUUUUCUUGGGCUGAGGCUGUAUGACUGAUCAUACACGGGAACAAGACAGCAAAAUAUACAUUGCCGUUCACCUGAGCUGCUCACCACUUGGGGUCAGAUCUUGGUCGUUGUUGCCCUGCAGCCAUCAUCAAAUGUUCCUGGAGGCGCUCGAACAAGAAAACUGCCACCUGAACAAGCCAUGAGCAUAUGUCUGGACGCUGAUGCUGGCAGCUGCUCUAGAUUUAACACAUAUCGUGCUGUAACAUCCUUUUGAUAUUGCUUUAUACAAAUCUUUGUAUUUUGAAAGUGAUUCUAUGAAUCAUGAGUUCAUUUUUGCGUCAGUAUGUUUAUACUCAGAUGCCAUGUUUUACAGUUUAAGUGAUUCUUUGUUUUAGGAUUUCCUCCAGAUAAAAAAUACUCACCAGA